GGCCGCACUCCGGACCGUGCUUUGGACAUGGAGCGAUCGGAGAUGGGCUUCACCGGGUAACUGCAGCCUUUGGGGCGGGCUGAGGAGCAGCCGAUCCUGCUGCCAGUGGCCAUAGUUUCCAGACAUUUUUUUAAAUUUGUUAAUUUGGUGCUGGUAUGGCCAUGGUGUCUGGGGGCUGGGGAGACCCCAACGGAGACACUAAUGGUGUGGGGAAGGGAUACCCCAGGAAUUCUGAAGAAGAAGAGGCCUCACCUCAGGGAGGAAUGAGUGACCCCGAGCAGGGUGAUGAAGAACGCCCAGGGAUCCAAGUGGACUGUGUGGUGUGUGGAGAUAAAUCCAGCGGGAAGCAUUACGGGGUUUUUACUUGUGAGGGGUGCAAAAGUUUCUUUAAAAGGAGUGUCCGCAGGAAUCUCAGUUACACUUGUAGGUCAAACCGGGAUUGUCAGAUUGAUCAGCAUCACCGAAACCAGUGUCAGUACUGCCGGCUGAAGAAGUGCUUCCGAGUGGGCAUGAGGAAAGAAGCUGUCCAGCGAGGUCGCAUCCCACCUGCACAUUCCAGUGCCAGUCCCACUUCUGCUCCAGGAGCAGGCGAGUACUUCAAUGGACAGCCAGUCUCUGAACUAAUCUCCCAGCUCCUGCGAGCUGAGCCAUAUCCUGCUUCCCGCUAUGGGUCCCAGUACACCCAACAGGGUAGUGUGAUGGGCAUUGAUAAUAUCUGUGAACUAGCAGCAAGGCUUCUCUUCAGCACUGUUGAGUGGUCAAGGAGCAUCCCCUACUUCCCAGAACUAGCAGUGGCUGAUCAGGUCUCCUUGCUUCGACUGAGCUGGAGUGAACUGUUCGUACUAAGUGCUGCACAGUCUGCCCUUCCACUUCACAUGGCUCCUCUUUUGGCUGCUGCUGGAUUCCAUUCUUCUCCAAUGUCUGCUGACCGAGUCGUCUCAUUUAUGGAUCAGAUUCGUCUCUUCCAGGACCAGGUUGAGAAGCUUAACCGCCUGCAGGUGGACUCAGCUGAAUAUGCUUGCUUAAAAGCCAUUGCACUCUUCACUUCAGAUGCCUGUGGCCUUACAGAUCCAGCUCACGUGGAAAGCUUACAAGAGAAAGCCCAGGUAGCCCUCACAGAGUAUGUGCGAGCCCAGUAUCCCUCUCAGCCACAGCGCUUUGGGCGUCUCCUCUUACGGCUGCCUGCACUCCGAGCUGUUCCUGCAUCACUCAUAUCUCAGCUCUUCUUCAUGAGGCUUGUUGGCAAGACCCCUAUAGAAACACUUAUUAGGGACAUGCUUCUCUCUGGUAGCAGUUUUAAUUGGCCAUACUCAUCUGGUCAAUAGCAUCACUAGAUGCUUAAGUGCAAUAAUAUUGACUUGGGUCUCACCUUGGACACUUUUUAGUGGCAGGCCUUUGCCUCUUUCUGGAGUUCAGGCUCAACCUCUUUUGCAAGUCACAAGGGCACUUCCAAAUUUCAUGAGGAGACAACUUGUCUACAGACCCAUGAAUUGUCUCUCUGCUGAUAAUGUGUUUGGGUUACAUCAGGGCUAAAAAACUGGUACUGGCAGAAUGCCGCCUCCAUUUUCUCCUUACCUGUAUAAAUACAUUGUAACCCUUUUCUGAGUACUGUAGGAUAUUCUAGAUAUUCUAAAGGUGUUCUAAAAUAUGCUUUAAGCACCAAGAGUUUCAGAUCACCACAAGAACUCUGUAUGCAUCUGUAAGCAUUUGUCCGCCUCUGAGAGAGUACAGCUUAGUCCACACCUUGUCUACCUCUUCAGUGAACACUAAUUUCCCAGAAGACAGCUGCUUUGUUCUUUUAAAUGCAGCUUACAGGAAUUUCACUAUAUGGAGAGUUGCAGAAAUGUGGAUAUUAAACACAUUUUAUGUUCACUGAACUCUGUUAAGUACAGUGUCAGAGAAGUCAAUUUGAAAUCUUCUGGUGUUGGAAGGACUAAGCGAAGCUGUUUAUCAGGGGCAUGAUUGUCUUGUAAUCUUUCCCAAUCCAUUUUUUAAUUUGCCCUGAUGUACAGGUCUUUUAAAGGUUUGAAACACUGAAAUAAUACUUAUAGAUUUUAUCUUUACUCUGAAAUCGUUUAUUCUGAAAUAUUUUACCUUUACUAGCUCUAACCAAAUUGUUUCCUUAACACCUUUUUUGAUACCUGUUAGUGCAAGGUAAGUCACUGUUCUUAAUUACCCUGCAUUUUUUCAGUGUGGUCAAAAAAAAAAAAUGUUGUCUUCUUUUUCAAA